AGCGCAGGAAAAUUUUAACAACGUUUAAUAUUUUAGUUUGAAAACGUCAACCGGAAGUGAAAUAGGAACUUCCUGGCAGAUGUGGGUUGCAACAUGGCGGUGUCCAUGAGCAGGACGCUGGUGGCCCUUCGCAGAGUGACUUCUCAUAGUUUUAAGAAUGCUGAAACCUCUCUGGAUAUGCAACAUCCAGCCCCACUGUUUUUGCCAGUGCGGACCAAGAAGAGGUACUUUAUCCCUCCGGCAGUGGGAGUGAUGAAGAAGAGUGAAAGCAACCCAGAGUUCAAGGCUAAAGCUGCGGGCAUUGUCUUCCGACAGCAGUACCUGGAGAGGCCUAUCAACAUCGCCUGUACAGCGGGAGUCUUCGACCCCUACAUCCCUCCAGAAGGUGACGCUCGUCUUUCCACUCUCUCCAAAGAAGGCUUGAAACAACGAACCGAACAGAUACGACAGAGCACUGCCUCACAGCUGGCGAUUCGUAAAAUCAAAGAGCACGACUCGGAGUUUACAACAAAGACUUUUGCAGAGAAAGCGCAGGAAAUCUUUAUAGAGGCUCACAACGCUCUGACACAGUUCAACAAAGAGAAGCUUCACUCGUUGGUUACGGAAAGGUGUUAUCCUGAAAUGACGAAGGGAAACCGUUACAAGACCAUCCGCUGGAGAUUCGUUGAGUCUCUGGAACCGCCCAGAGUGGUCCAUGCCCGCUGUCCUGACAUGGUCUCCAAGGGCAACCUGUACGGGCAGGUGACAGUCCGCAUGCACUCCAAGCAGACUCUGGCCAUCUACGACCGCUUUGGGAGGCUGAUGCUGGGCAGUGAGGAGCAGCUGAAGGAUGUGCUGGAGUACCUGGUCAUAGAACGCCACCUCGUCAACCCCUACGGCAGGUGGAGGUUACAUGGGAAAAUCGUGCCGUCCUGGGCUCCUGCCAAGGACCCGAUUGCUAAGACCGUCUGUCUUCCUGGUCCAGAACUGAAGCCGUGGCAGGAAUUUGACACCCUCAACUAUGACGUUCCCAAAGCAGCAGCAGUACAGUGGUAUAAAUAGUCCACCAGGGGGCGUUGCUCUUUUCAUUAAAGCCUCAGUGGGUGUGAAGAGUCAGGGGCCAAAUGGCCGUUGCUGUUAAGUCUAUCCAGGUGACCGGACCAGUCAUGGUUUCUAAGAAAAACUUCUGUUUGUUAAGAUGCUCGAAGCAUGAGAUCAGAGUUAUGAUGAACAACAUCCUGAGGACAAGCUAAAAACAAUAGUAAUAUUUCUGUCUCUUUUUGUGGUUUCAGUUUUGUUCCACACAUUUUUAGAAAUAAUUUAAAUGGGAGAAAUAAAAAGACACGCUUACAGAAA